CCUGUCGAGUAAUGUGCGCCGCUGAGGAACAGUCCCUGCACGUCGCGCCUUGAGUUUCAUUUUACCUUUUUUUCGGCCCCCCCUACACUCAUACAUCCAAACACUAACAUACACUCACAUACGCGCGCACCUUUGACAAUAUCAAUUAAAUAUUUCAAAAAAGUCGACGGGCAUCAUUUUUUAAACAGUUUUUUACAAGAGUGCGUAAGAGUAUUACGCAGAAAAUAAAUAUUUGUUUAAUUAUCACGACGGCGCAACAACCGAUGAAGCAAAAUAGCUCCAACUGUAAUUUACAGUGCCUUCGAUAAAACAAGCAACGGCGACAUCAACAACACAACAUCAACGAGCAGCAGGAUCAGCAACAAAAGCAACAAUAUAUGUAUUUCGUUAAGCAAAACAGGCUCCUUUAGUAUGAAAUGAGGCGACCAGACAAACGCGUCACCAUCGAAGAUAGCCCAAAUCGAAUACGGAACAGGCCUGUAGCAGGAGCAUCGGAGUCGGGGACGGAUUCCGCCACGGGAUCAAAAUCAUGAACCGGGACAAUCUGCAGCAGUGGUGGGAGAACUCGUACCGGCGCCAUCACCCGGAGCCCAGCCAUGGCGUCGACUCCGCUGAGCUGCACUACUCGCUUCAGGAGACCAACCAGCUGCCUACGGACCAGGUUGGGUACGCGCAGGACUUCGACUAUAGCAACUUUAGCUUGGAAAAUCCCGACGACAUUGACUCAGAGCACUCCAUCUCCUCGCUAACGCUGCUUCUUUUGGCGGUCAGCUACGGCCUGGUGGUCUUCGGCGGCGUUGUGGGGAACUCUACGCUGGUGCUGACUCUGUGCUCGGCCUCCUCGGUGCGACUACGCAACCCGCUGCUACUGGCCGUCUGUAUUGCCGACCUACUGGUCACCGGCAUUUCGGCCCCGGUCACGCUCCUUAAUCUUGCGAUGAACCGUCGGACGCGAUCUUUGCCGCUUGUGCUCUGCAAGGUCUUACACUACAUUCAGGUCAUGCCCGUAGCGGCCAGCACCAUCUCGUUCUUUAUGCUCUCCCUGGACCGCUACGCCACCGUGAAACAUCCGCGACUGGCGCAGCUUCGCCAGCGCCGCUACUUGCACGUCUCGUUGGCUCUGCUUUCUUGGUUAGCAUCUGCGGCUAUCAGCACCCCAUUCCUGUUUGCCUACAAGAUUAUCGCGAGCUGUACCUCUGACCUGGGCGCCAGUGCCAUGUUCAAGUCCUUCAUCCUCUUCCACACAAUUGCCGUGUUUGUGCUCCCAGGCGUGGGCGUGCUGCUCAACCACUACGGCGUACGUCGCAAGCUUUGCGCCCUCUCACUGACGGCGCGGGCUGCACAUGGGGAGUUGCCCCUGCCGAUCCCCAUCCUGAGACGCCAGACCCACAUGGUUAUCGUGACGGGCUGUCCUAACGCCCAGCAGGAGGCCUGCGGGGGGCCCACCACGGCGGACGACACUUCGAACGGGAACGGAACAGGCACCGGCGGUGGUCCAAUGGCCGUCAGUCCAGGGGACAUCCAACUGCACACUCUACACCCACGGCAGCCAGGCUCUAUUGGAUCGGGCCUCGAACCGGGUUCCUACCGCUCCAGCAAUCCCAUAUCGCCUAGGGCCAUGAGGGAGAUUCGCGCCCACUCCCAGCGACAGCGCAUCAACCGGGCGGGGAAGGGACCGGCAACACCUGGAAUACCAUUGCCUCAGACCUCUACACUUCGGUCACGCCGACACCUGGCUAACAUGCUCAUCGCGUCGGCAGUGAUCUUUAUAGCCUGCUGGGCACCUCACGUCUUUUGCAUCUUCUACAAGAACUUUGGCAGCAAAGAGCACUGCAGCCAGACCUCCGUCUACUUCAGCCUCUUGCUAGGCUACUUUUACUCUGCCAUCAGUCCGGUGAUAUACUGGGCGCUCAACCACAAUUCGCUUCGACAAUCUCCAUGCGCACCUAUCAUCCGCUUGCGCUCCAUGCAGAAUUUCCUGAGGUCGCGCUUCCGGACCCACACCGCCCCACCACCCCCGUCGUCAACCAACGAGGCGGCCCUGGGGGCCUUCAACCCCAAGCUGAUCAAGCUAACACCGAAACAGUAUAGAGCUCAGGCCUCUUCGCAUUAUCUCUACUAGUGUGAUACUAAACUAAACUUGAUAUACAUAUAUACACAUUUAUAUACACGCAUAUAUAAUAUAUUUUUUACCUUCGCCCUCCCCAAGUCCCGGACUUACUUAUAACAAACUUCGACCCCGAACCCCGGGACCUCAAACUUAAACCCAACCAAACUGAACUAUCUAGAUGUUUUUCAAAAGCUCUACACAACUAGUUGGCGUAACCUACUGCAGAAUACAAAAUAUACACGCUACUUAUAGAAUACUUACUACCAUACAUAGCAGUGUUAGUUGACGCUUAUUUACACGAUGAUGUGCGCCUGAAGCUAUCCAAAAAAGGAGAAAAAUCUAUUAAUGAAAGACAAGCAAAAAAAUUAAAAACAAAAUCCUUCUAGUGACUUGUUUGUUGUUUAGUCUUUUAAGCUGAAAUAUUGUACUAUGUUCCUUCUCAUAGAUAAGCAAUAUGUGAACGCUUUGAGCCAAGUUAAACAAACGAAAAACAAAUCAAACUAAAGAACGAUCUAAAACUUUUAAACGAUUUAAACUUAAACUCAAAUGCAUACCUAACAAAACAUAAAUAAUUAUAUAUACGAGUAAAUACAUACAAAAAAUGAAUGUGAAUGUGAGCAAAAAAAAGGGAUAAAAACUAGUAUUGUAUAGAUAUUCUUCGACUUAAUUCUUUAUACACUUUUUCUAAACAUUUUUAAUAUCGUUCAGUAAACUGAACAUGGUGUAUAGUGCAAUUCACGCUGCAGAAGCAUAGAACCCGCGAAGAUUUUCGCGUUUCAGAUGUAAGAACAAGCCAAAAGAUUAAACUCAGGAUCGGGUUUCAUUUUACUCAUUUCAGUAGCCACCUUUUUCUAAUUUUCUAGACUUUUAUAUAUGCUCCGCUGCGAGCGACCAUCUGUUAACAGCUUUUAAGUUAUUAGUUUGAAGGGUAUAGUACUAUCUUAAAAACCAUCUAAAGCAGCAGCAUUUGUUAUCGCCUUGGAAUUAGUGGCUAUAAACCUUAAGCUAAUUUUAAAUAAUCAUCGUUUUGUACUUUACAAAAUCGUCAUCGAAAGAAGAGAAACUAUAAAAAAUUCUAUAAAUAUGUACCAUAGUAAAUAAUUGUUUUAUUCAAUCUUUCAAUCGCCUGGUGGUCUGGAAUAUCCCUUGAAGUUAAUAAGUUGUGGAUUUCUGGUUAUACGAAAAUAUCUGAAUUUAUAAUAUCAUUCCGAAAUUCCAGAAUAUAUUGGCCCGUAAACUAAUCGAAUUGAAAAUUACCAUUUUUCACUGUUUAAUACCCUUGCAGAUUUUUCAAAAAUAAAAACCAAUUUUCGCCUUCUCACAAGAAAGGGAGCGCCAAUUACUAUUUGGAAAGUUUCAAGAAUCUAUCUUGUAGGCCAUGCAUAAUACCGGCAUAAAACCGUACGGUUAGUAUGUAUCAUAUAUUGAAACUAUUGAAAACCAGUGAUUUAUAGUAAAAUUGAAAAAAAAAAAGAAAACAUUAAAAUUAACAUUUUGUCCCGAUUGUUCCUAUGCUAUAGGAUAUAAACGUCCGAUCUCCGCCGUUUUCAAACUU